GAGAAAGUUCACAAAGCCACUCACUACACUGACUACUGUACAGUACUACAGUAUCCCGGUGCAUAUUUUCAGAGUAAUUUCGCGUUAAAUUCAAAACAAUGGAUCAAGAUAAAGAACAGAAUCAAAUGAAUUGUAAUGCUUCACAAAUAGUCAAGCAAUGGCAUAAAUUUUUUAGAGAGCAAAUGAAGGAUUGCCAGGAAAAGAUAGAUGCUGCUGAAGCUGAGCAAAAUCGAUUGGUAGGAUUACUGGAGAGUGCUUCCAAAGAUAAGACCAAACUGUUAAAAAACAAAUUAGACGUCAUUGUCAAAAUAUCUAUGGCAGAUGAUUAUAUGAAAACACUUGGUCUCAGUGUUGGCGACUUGGAAAAGAAAAUUGCUGAUGUGGAAAUAGAAAAGCAUAAAUUGUUUUUGGAACUUGAAGCUGUAAAGAGUAAUAACCAGGAGCUGGAAAAGCAGAAAGAAGAGGCAGCAGAAGUGAUAAAAGAGCUGACGGUAACAUGCAACCAGCUGCAAUCCUCUAAGGAGUUGCUAGAGAAUGAAAACAAAAAGCUAGUGGAAGAAUCAAACUUGAAAUUUCAAGAGCUGCAACAAAAGCUAACAGCUGAAUUACAAGCAAAGCAGAACAUCUACAGAGAACUGAAUGACAUGAAAUCCACCCUCGAUACAAAGAUUCAACAAGAAAUAGAACAAAAUAAUCUGCAGAUUGAAUUGCUCAAAACAUGCCAAGCACAGGCCCAGGAGUUGGAUGUUGUCAAAAAAGAGAAACUUGACCUGUUAGAAAAACUUAAGAACGUACAGAAUAUCCUUACCAAUGUGAAUAAAAUCACGCAGACUGAUUAUGACGAUGAUAAGGGCCUAAAUCAAAGCUGUGGCUCUGAUAGUGCUGGUACACCUUCAAGUCCUAGAAAAACCAGAUCACAGAAAAAAAUGAAGAUUAAUGACACAUGUCUCCAGUGCAGCAGUGACUACUGUAAGAAAAACUCCAAAAAUUAACCCAAAAAAACCCAUUUCUGAUGUGGUUGCAGUUCUUUACUUUCUUUUUGGUGUUCUUGGUGCAGAAAUUUGGGCAGCCAGCAUUCAAGAAGAUCAAAAUCUAGUUUGUUAACAAUGUACUGGUACAGUUCUAUCAUGAGGUCAUAUUUAUCUAUUGUUAGAUAAUGAUAAAUAUGCAUAGAUUUUUAGAUAAUGAUAAACAUCUUACUAGACUAAGAUGCACAGCCUUAGUAUCCAUUCAGAGUAAUUCAGUGUUGUAAAUCAUUCUAUAACAUAAAAUGUAGUGAGUUUCUCUUGUGUAUGUGACCAACCAACUGUAUCAGAGGUUUAAUGUAGCCAGCAAAACAAUCUACUCUCCUUAUUUUACUGAUCUUCUCUACUGCCUUUACUUUCCCAAUUAUUUGAGAAAACUGAGACAAGUGAUCUCAGUACAAUAUGAAAAAAAAAAUAUUGACUUAAACAAUUCUUACUGUUAAAAAGUUGUGUGUAAAGUUUUUAGAAAAAUGUGUUAUAACCCCAGCCAAAUAAUUGAGUAAGAUUCAUUUUGCAUUGAUCACUUUGUCAUUUGGUAAACCAUAACAAUGUGAAACAUUUAUUUUGAAAAAUAUUUUUUGUAUUCGUCAUGUCAUGCAGGUUUACAUGACCAAAGGUUGAUAUUAUUUUUGAUACAAGCCAUUUUUAUAAUUUUUUAAGUCCUUGUGAUUUUUUUGAAAAUGUUUUUAUUUAUGUAAUAUAAAAAGUAAUCUAAAUUUUUUUAUUAUACAAUGUCUGUUGUAUGGAUUUUGACUAUUUUUGGUCUUAUGUUUCUGUAUUUUAAAUUUAUUUUUUUGUUUUGCCGAUACAUCUUUCUUUUAUGUCAAUCAAUUUUAUGUGGCAAAUAUUAUUUACAUUUUUAUCAAUCGCUACCUCACAGGAGUCCUGGAUACUUUUUUUGUGCAUUAAGAACUCCCCCCCCC